GACAGGCUCCGGUGGUCUUCCAGGUGCCACAAUCCUGCUCUCCCUCGCGCCAGCAUGCAGAAGGACGCCUCCUCGAGCGGCUUCCUGCCCAGCUUCCCGCACUUCGCCACGCAGGCCAUCCACGUGGGACAGGAGCCCGAGCAGUGGAAUUCGCGUGCGGUGGUGAUGCCCAUUUCGUUGGCCACCACGUUCAAGCAGGACUCUCCAGGCCAGUCCUCCGGUUUUGUAUACAGCCGUUCUGGAAAUCCCACAAGGAAUUGCUUAGAAAAAGCAGUGGCCGCCUUGGAUGGGGCAAAGCACAGUUUGACCUUUGCUUCGGGGCUAGCUGCCACCACGACAAUUACCCACCUUUUAAAAGCAGGAGAUGAAGUCAUUUGCAUGGAUGAAGUGUAUGGAGGCACCAACAGGUACUUCAGGAGGGUGGCAUCUGAAUUUGGACUGAAGAUAUCUUUUGUGGAUUGUUCCAAAACCAAAUUGCUAGAGGCAGCAAUUACACCACAAACCAAGCUUGUUUGGAUCGAAACGCCCACAAACCCAACUUUGAAGCUGACUGACAUAGAAGCCUGUGCUCGAAUCGUCCAUAAGCGUGGAGACAUCAUUUUGGUUGUAGAUAACUCUUUCAUGUCUGCAUACUUCCAGAGACCUUUGGCUCUGGGUGCUGAUAUUUGUAUGUGUUCUGCCACAAAAUACAUGAACGGCCAUAGCGAUGUUGUCAUGGGCUUAGUGUCUGUUAAUUCUGAUGACCUUAACAAUCGACUUCGUUUCCUGCAGAAUUCGCUCGGGGCUGUUCCUUCCCCUUUUGACUGCUACCUCUGCUGCCGAGGCCUAAAGACUCUGCAGGUUCGGAUGGAGAAACACUUCAAGAACGGCAUAGCAGUGGCCCGAUUCCUGGAGUCUGAUCCCCGGGUAGAAAAGGUUAUUUAUCCUGGGCUGCCCUCUCACCCUCAGCAUGAGCUGGCCAAGCGCCAGUGCACGGGCUGCCCAGGGAUGGUCAGUUUCUACAUCAAGGGUGCUCUGAAGCAUGCGGAGACUUUCCUCAAGCAUCUAAAGGUAUUUGCUCUGGCUGAGAGCCUGGGAGGCUAUGAGAGUCUGGCUGAGCUUCCAGCAAACAUGACCCAUUUAUCCGUGCCUGAGAAGGACAGAGCUGUCCUUGGGAUCACCGACACACUGAUCCGACUUUCUGUGGGCCUCGAGGAUGAAAAGGACCUUCUCGAAGACCUGGGUCAAGCUUUGAAGGCAGCGCAUCCUUGAAGUUGGAAUCAGAGCUGGCAUUCCAGUGCUGCCACCUGGAGCUGCAUCCAAGGGGACAGAUCUUCUGAAUAACUGGACAGGCCUUUCAGGAGCAUUUGCAGGAUUUCCCAGUGAACAUGUUAAAGCAGUACACUAAUGACUUUUACUGCUGUAACCUUCCAGGGAGAUCUGCCCUGUUAAGGACUAUCUUCUGUUUGUCUUCUAGCUGACAGGUUGGUUCUGUUAGUAUCAUCUUGGUAAUUUUGCUACAUUUGUGACAUUUGCUACAUUGCCAAGUGAGAAUUGUGCUGUUUUGGGGAAUCGUGUUGCUUUUGGUUUUCCUUUUUUU